AUGGGUUGUACUGAUUGCGCUUUCAAGGAGGUGCCAAAGAGAGGAAAAGCAGCGUUUAAUAAUAAUAGUGUCAACGUUCUAAUUUUCGUGCUUGACUCUACAUCCAGGCUGAAUUUCAUUCGACAAUUGCCAAAGACAAGCAAGUUUAUCACAGAACGCGCCAAGGGCAUUGUAUUGGAAGGUCUCACAAAGGUGGGGGACAACACCUAUCCGAACAUGCUGGCCUUUCUCAGCGGUUACUCCGAUGGUGCAGAAGGCGGCGCUGAUGAAUCCCAAGGACCAUUUUGGCAGGAUACAACAGGGAAAUUCGAUAAUUACCUGCUCCCCAUUGCCUGGAAAUAUUUUUCCGAGCAUGGUUACGUGACGAUGUUCGCAGAGGAUCAACCUGAUGUCGACACAUUUAGUUUCAAAGAGCGUGGUUUUCACGUGCCUCAGACCGACUAUGUCAUGAGACCGUUUUGGCAAGCCAUGGAACAGUUCACCGUGGGUCGCCAGGACUUAAAAUCAGAUAGAAGAUGCUAUGGACACCUUCCCAAGCACAUGUUUCUCUUCAAUUACACGAGGGACUUCGCGGUGAAAAUGCAAAAGGAGGGCUGCGCAUUCUUCUCCCUCACUUUUUCAACUCCUUUAAGUCACGACCACAUCAACUCCGUGCAGGUAGCUGAUGACGAUUUGCUAAAACUGUUGCAAGACCUUGAGAUGCACAACAUCUUCAACAACAGCGUCAUGCUCAUCAUGGGGGACCAUGGCAACCGAUUUGGCGAUGCGAGACGCACUGCCAUCGGCAGGGUAGAAGAUCGAAUGCCGAAUCUAGCAAUCAUGAUUCCUCCUUCGCUGGAGCAUUUCCGGCAAGCUCUGGAGGCGAACGCGAAAGUCCUGACGAGCUGGCAUGACGUACGAGAAACGCUGCUCGAUGUGGCCAUGAACAACCUCGAGACGGAAUCCAAAGUGCGUCGCCACGGUUUCAAGGGCUUGUCUCUCUUCAGGCCGAUUCCCAGCAACAGAACCUGCCUGGAAAUUGGGAUUCCUAUUGUCUACUGUGUUUGCUGGAUCGAAAAAGAGCUGAAUGUUAUUGAAACAAACACAAAAAUAGGCGCCUACCAAUUUGUAACCCUUUUAAACAACAUAUUGGAAAAAAGAGACAAGGAAAAGCUGUGUUCUCGUUUGAAGCUGAAAAAUAUCGAAGGAGCACAAAAACUGUUGCCAACUCAGGCAGUUGGACAGUUCGAUAAUAGAUCGAAAAUAUUAAGAAUCAUGAUUACUGUUAAACCUUCGAACGCAAUACUGGAGGGAACUCUAGAAAUCAACGGCAACAAGGCUAGACUUCUCGGAGAUGUGAAUAGGUUGAACGAAUACGGGAAUCAGUCCACAUGCAUAAAUGAUGUUUCCUUAAUACUGUUCUGCUUUUGCAAGAUGUAA